AUGAAGGAGUCAAAUACAGUUGAACGGAUUCGCCAUAUUCUGCAAAAGUGCAGGGCAGAGAAAUUACCUGAAUUAGCACUUUCAGGCUCGUAUUCGCGGCAAUCGGCUUACUUCUCCCGUUCUUUACUUUGGAAAACUGUAGCAUUUCAAAUCACGGGACAGUUGGAAGACCUCAAUCUGAGAAUGCUUAGGGAAUGCAGAAAAGACUAUGAAACCUUGAAAAGUGAGCUCAUGGUGCCGUGGCAUGAGCUUGCAAAAGACCAUGAAUUUUACUGUGACUUGAAUGUUGAAUGUGAUCUAAGCGAUAGUUUUGGAAAGAAACUAAAAAUAUCUAGGAUGAGAAUCGAACAUCAUCCACUUAGUACCCCCAAAACACCCAAAAUGACGGACAUUCAGACGCUUGAAAGCUUGAUUGCAGAUGUCGAUCGAUUAUUUCCUCAGUUCCCGGAAUACUUUAUUGAGAACAAGGAAAACAAACGACAGCUGAUUGAAGUACUAUACAUCUGGUGGAAACUCAAUGGCGAUCAGUAUUUACAAGGACUACACGAGAUAGCGGGAAUUAUAUUUGUUGUGCUCAAAACAGAGUCUAUUUCCAAGACAACAUUUCAGAAUGCAGAUCGGGGAACCUCACUUAUCCUGGAGCUGAUGGAUUCUAAGUAUAUACGCCAUGAUCUUUUCAGCAUGUUCCACACGAUGACGGAAUCAUUAAUUGACCUGUAUUACGACGAGACCUCUCUACUUCAGGAAAGUAUCAAAUUUGAUCUCAAGCUUCGGCUUGUGGACAAGUACCAAUAUCAUCUUCUGAAGAAUAAGCUGCGCAUAGAAUCGUCAAUUUGGCUUAUUCGUUAUUUGAGGCUGCUGCUGAUCCGUGAGAUAGGUCUUGAAUACUCAUUUGACCUCUGGGAUAAGCUUGUUGCCUUUUCAUAUACCCAGCAUCCCGAAAAAUUAGAUUUGAGCUUGCUCUUGCCUUAUAUUAUCAUCCUGCUCCUUUCUCUUAUCAAACCGCGCUUGAUUAUUUCGGAUUAUGGUGAGGCCCUGUACUUAUUGCUUCAUUACCCCAUAGACGACAGAAACAAAAGCCAUUUGCCAUCAUCGGCAAUCCUUGUCAAUGAAGACGUAGGCUCUCCUACUGAAGAGUCGACAUUCACAUAUAUUCAAGAAAAUCAUCAAUCGAAAAAUUCAGGGUCAUAUGCUUUUGUCGGCUCAAACAAUAAUGAUCACGAGCUAUUGCAGCUCGAUAUUUCACAAAUUACCAAGGACGCAAUCACUUUAUACCGCAUGUCUGACCAAGACUUGAGCAUUCUAGGAGCCCGAAUAAUAGAGUUAUAUUCGGGGCUAUCAAAUGAGGAGAACAAAGAAGGGGUGUUGUCUGCGAAUCCUAUCAAGAUACAAUCAUAUCCGCUUGGAGAUAUGCUUAAAAGAUCGACUUCGUGGACAAAGAAAUCAAGUUCUUCUGGAAAGAACACAAAUAACACUUCGCAUUGCAAUCAAAGGAGAGACUUUGAUCGCACAAGGCUGGAAUUAAGAUUACGAAACAAGGUGUCACAAGCACUUAAAAAGUAG